AUCCAAGAGCUUCGACCAGAGGUGCGAGUUUCCAUUGGAAUUCUGUACUGCGUCACCCGGCGCUUGCAAGCGAAAGAACGAAGAUAACGACAAUCCAUUAGUUGCGGGCACCCCACUCACACUGCACGUAAUCAUUACCUGCCGCCAUGUCUAGCACGACUGCGAGGAAGCUCGGCAGUCAGGGGCCAGCCAUCCCUGCUGUGGGAUUGGGACUCAUGGGCUUCUCGAUCCACUACGGACCUGCUCCCAGCGACGAGGAGCGUUUUGCCGUUCUCGACCGCGCGUUGGAACUAGGUGCCACACAUUGGGAUAGCUCCGACAUGUACGGCGACUGUGAGGAGCUCCUGGGCAAAUGGUUCAAGCGCACAGGCAAGAGAGACCAGGUCUUCCUGGCCACCAAGUUUGGCAUUGUCAAAGGCUCUAUGUCAGAGAUUGACAGCUCGGCCGCUUACUGCAAGAAAGCGUGCGCCGAGAGCCUCAAGUCACUCGGCGUCGACUACAUUGAUCUAUACUACGUCCACCGUGCGAACCCCAACACCCCCAUCGAGGAGACGAUGCGCGCGUUGCUUGAGCUUAAAUCGGAGGGUAAGAUUAAAUACAUUGGCUUGUCAGAAGUGAGUUCCGCUACGCUCCGCCGCGCAAGCAAAGUGGGCCAUGUCGACGCCGUACAGAUCGAAUACUCACCUUUUGACCUGGAUAUCGAAAGGGAGUCCGGCACUAACCUGAUGGCCACCUGCCGGGAGCUCGGCGUGGCGAUUGUGGCUUAUUCGCCUCUGGGCCGAGGUUUGCUGACCGGCACUUUGAGCGACAAGGAGUCCAUCUCCAGUGACGGAGAUUGGCGGUCAUUGUACCCCAGGUUCAGCGGUGAGAAUUUUGACGCCAACAUUAGGGUCGCUAGCCAGUUUAAGGCCCUGGCAGAUAGGAAGGGGUGCUCUGCCGCCCAGCUAUCCAUCGCCUGGGUGCUGAAACAGGGCAAGGAUGUGCUGCCUAUCCCCGGUACCAAGAAGAUCAAGUAUCUCGAGGAUAACUUUGCCGCCACUAGCGUUGGCCUAACCAAUGAGGAGGAGAAGGAGAUCCGGAAAAUCGUAUCUGCCGUCGUCGGCGAGCGGGUUCCGGACUUUGCGAAGCCCCAGACCUAUGUUGACACUGUGGAGGAGAAGUAGUUAUGGCGCUGAAGAAGUAGCCUGAUUCAUGGCUACGGCAUGGUAGUGUGCUUGGACAAGUUUGCUGUCCUGUUCGCUAUCGUGUUGGCGAGAGCGUCAUUAGUGAAAUGAUCAUACAUUUGAGUCAGAAGCACCAGGAUUACCUCGGAAGGCAGCGAAGCACCAUUUUAAUACGCUAUGAAUCGGAUACUGAUU